AUGUGGCAAACGAUAUUUGUUUAAAAAAAUGUUUUCAUUUUAAAUUAUAAAUUUUACGAUAGUGUUUAUGUGAAUAUAUGUCUGCAUAUUUUGUUUGAUUUAACUUCUCAUUAUUCCAUGAUGGUUAGAAUAAGCGUAUUGACUGAUAACAGAUGUCAAUAUACUCUUUAUUGUAAACUACAUAUAUGUUAUUGAAUUUUAUUAUUUAACAUCUUGGUGAAAAUAGUACAUUAUAAUAAUAUGAAAACAAAUAACAAUCAAUGAAUAAUUUAAUUAGCUACAUUCGUAAAUUGUUUUUCAAAAUGAGUUCUGAUGAAGAAUAUAAUAUAGCAGCUAGAUAUAAAACGGUUAGGAAACGUUUGGAUAGUCUGGGUUAUCAGCAAGCACUAUCUUUGGAUGUUCUUCCUUUAAUAGAACGUUUACUGGCUGAUCUUAUUCAAACUACAGAAAGUUUAAAACAUUUUAAAACUGUUGCACAAGAGAAUAUUGAAGCUUGUACUCAACUGCAAUUGAUAAUUGAUCCAUAUAAAUGCGACAAUGCAAGAUUAGUCCAGGAAUGUAAUCAACUUCAUUUGGAUCUGAUAGAAACAGAAGAAGCAUAUCAAAAACAAAUCAAGGAUUUGAAGAAACAAGUAUACAAAUUAGAGUGUGAAUGUAAUGAUCUACAAUUAGUUUCUUCUAGAAAUUUGCAAAAAAUUAAGGAUCUUGAAACUGAAUCAGCUAAAAAGUCGAAGAAGAUAUUAGAUCUUCAAGGAAAAUGCCUAAAACCAAUCAUAAGCAAUAUAGGAAUCGGUAACAAAAAGCGCCCUUGUUAUCCACUUAGAAGACCAGUUAUAGAAGCUGAACCAUUACCAAAGACAGGAAGUAGUAACAGUACAUUACCAAGUACCCAUGCUGUAGAGCCAAAAAUAUUAGACUUAUUGAGCAUGGCAGAUCAUAGAAUGAGCUGUUUAAGCCAUGAGGUAACAAAACUUAAAGGAGAAUUGUCGUUGCAAACCGAUAAUGUGUACACAUUACAAAAUCAGUUAACAACAAAAGAAAAAGAGAUAAUAAGACUGAAAAAACUGCUAGAAGGUGGUCGGCCAUAUAGUGCUGUUGCCAAAGAUUGCCUUUGCAAAAAAGUUGAUAAGAUACAUGUUGUAUCUCAUGAUACUGAUGAAAAUAAUGAUUUAAAGAUUCUUUUACAAAAUAAACAAGAGCUGGAGCAACAGUUAAAAGAAGCUGUAAAUAAACAACAUGAAGCUAUGUCCCAAGCUAUGAAACUUGCAGAACGAAAUGAAGAAUUAGAAAAAGAAUUAAGAGAUAUAGAUCAUAUUGCUUUAUCAGUAGAAGCUGAUUGUAAUUCUGCAGUUAAGGAAAAUAAUAGAAGAGUAUAUAGACUUCAAGAAAAGUUAGAAGAUGUAAUGGAGCAGGUUCAUAUAUUAGAAAGUGAAUUAGCAGUGAAGCGUAGAGAAGUACAAGAAUUAACAGCAGAUCUUGAAGCAUGUAAGCUUGAAAAACGUAACAUUCAAAGAACAUUAGAAUCCACUUUAGAAGAAAAGAAAAAAAUUACAAACAAAAUAAAUCAAUUAACAAUAAUAGAAAAAAGUUUAAAUGAUGAAAUAGAAAGAUUAUCUAAAGAAAAUGAAUGUCAAAAACAAGAUAUUAUACAAUUACAAUAUACCAAUAAAGUAUUGAAAGAGCAAUUAGAUACAGAAGUUGCUUGCGGAGAUGAUUUAAAGCAACUAAGAGAAAAAGGAGAAAAAAAUGAUCAAAACAGGGGAAAAAAGAGUAUGGGAAAUAGAACAAAUGUAGAAGAUAGUGAGUGUUCAUCAUUUUCGCAAGAAAUAAAUAUUGAUAGAGAAGAAUAUAAGAGUAUAUAUAAAGAAGACGAAGUUAAUAAGCUAGUUAAUAAUGAUAGAACAUCUGAUAACAUGCGAAAAUUAAUUAUUGAAAAAGAUCUACAAAUAGACAAUCUACAACAAAGUAUAAAACAAUUAGAAAACGAGCGAGAUUAUUACAGAAAUGAAUGCAAUUGCUUGAAGCAAAAAGAUGAAAAUUCUAACAAGGAUAACGUUGAAUUGUGGACACGGUCUUAUGAAUUAAGAUGUCAACUUAAUGAAAAAGAAAAAAUAAUUUUUGAAUUACAAAAAGAAAAAAAUGAUUUGUAUCAUGAAAGAAAAGAAUUAGAAGCUUAUAAAAAUCAACAAAAAAAAAUUUCUAUACCUUCUGGGUCUUGCAAAAUAUCUAAACCAAUUAGCACUUGUGCACAUCUAUCUUCAACAUUACCACAUGAUAUACGUAUAGAAACUACAAAAGUAAUGUUGGAUUCUUUGGAGCUUGAAAGGGAUACAGCUAGAGCGGAUGUUCAACGUUUGACAGAAGAGCGUGAUGUACUAUAUGAAAGACUUAAGGGAACACAAAGAGGAACUGUAAAUGGAUAUGAGGAUCAAUUGGAAGAUCUUCAAGAAGAAUUAAGAAGAACUAAACAGGAAUUAACAGUUCAACGUACCCAAUUUUUUCAGCUUCGGGCAUUGCAGGAUCAAACAGAUCAAGCACUUGGAGAUGUACAGGGUCAAUUGACUCAAUCAGAGACCGAAUUAAAUAAGGCGAUAGAUCGUAACAGAAAUAUGGAGCAACAGCAUUUACAACUUGAUGAUCAAGUAAAGGAAUUGAAACAAGAAAUCAACAAUCUCCAUACGAAUAUGGCACAUUUAGAUCGAGAAAAAGAUCAAUUAUUAAUGGUGUUGGAUGAAAAGACUGAAAAAAUUGUGAAUUUAGAAAGAGAAUUGAUACAUAAAGAGCAACAAGCAAAUAGCAUGGAACAGCAAAUGCGAGAUCUACAACAUAAAAAUGAUUUUAGCAGGUGCUUCUGGAACUGGUGCAAAGUAUUGUCCCUUCGGACAAGAUGCUUUUGUGAAUAUCGGAUAGCAAAGUGCGUCUCUGGGAGACUGUGCGGUUCCUGGUGGACAUCUGCAUUCUGCUAUCGUUCCACCACCUCCUGCGGCUGGACCCAAUUCCAUAGUUUCUGGACAAGAAUAUGUAUCGAUCAGAGCGCAGAAUAUGAACGUCAAUUCAGAUCUCUGCAGCUCGAAGUAAAAAAUGUUCAAAGACAAUUGGAAACUUCCAAUACCGAUCGUGAAAAUGCGAUUCAAGAAAAUCGUCGCUUGCAGGACGAUCUCGCUGCUGUUAUGUGCGAAGUUCGAAAUCUUCAGCAUGAAUUAGAGUCUUGCCGUGCGGAAUCUUACGACUUGAAGAGACAGUUACAGACUUAUGUCAGUGAGGUACGACGAGCCGAAGAGAUGCUCAAUAGAAAGGAGAAUGAAAGAACCGAAAUGUUGAAUCACUUUAGAAGUUUAAGUUUGGAAGCCACGGUAUUGGAAAAUAACAAUCAUAGUUUGGAAUCUGAAGCAGCAGAGGCAAGGGGAGCUCUUCAAACAGCAAGAGAUCGUUUGAUAGAUUUAGAACGACAGUUAGUGGAUAAGGAUUGUUUAAUAAGGGGCUACGAAACACAGAUAAGUGAAUUAACGCAAAAUGUCGCCAGCAUGGAAACUCAGUUACGCCAGCAAACGGAGCAGAGACAAAGAGCAGAAGCUGAUUUAAGUGCAGUAAGGGACUUGUGUAUCAAAAUGGAUCAACAAAAGGAUUCACUUAUGCAACAACUUGAAGAUAAAGAUGUAACGAAAACCCAGUAUGAAACGCAAUUGGUAAGAUUAAGAACUGAACAGAAUGUUAUUCAAGAUCAAAUAGAUAGAGACCGUGCAACGAUCGAGCGUUUAGAAACUCUACUGGAUCAAGCAAGACAAGAAUCUAUCAAAGUUCAAACGACUAAUCAAGAAUUACAAAAUGAAAUGUCGAGACUUAAACAGAAAAUAUCUGAGCUUCAAACGACAUUAUCUGCUGAGUCACUUGAACUUAGACAGUAUCAAAAUCAAGCUGCAGAGUACAGCAAACAAAUUAGCGAGCUUCGCAGACAAGUUACGAAUGAGAGAUUUGAUCGAGCUAGAAAAGAAGAAGAAAAUCGCAGAUCAUUAAAUUCUACGCCAGAUAGUUUUAAUGUCGAUUUAAACGUGGUUAUAUAAAAAAUAAAAUUUAAUAUAUAUUUAUUGAUAGAUAUUUGAAUCAAGAAAAAUUCAAGGAAAAGAGUGAUAUAUUGUGUAAGACAUGUGCAUUAGAAGCAGUACCACCGGGAA